AUGUCAGAGACUGUCGUUUCUAUGGAAGAGACUUGUCCUAAUUGCAGCGCCACCACAGACCCGAAGGUGGAUGCAACCAAAGUGGUCUUGUUGGGAAUAGUGCUGCUGGUCUUUGUUGUGUUCGGGAUCCUUGGCAACAUCCUGGUCAUCCUGUCGGUGGUGUGCCAUCACCACUGGCGCUCAGUAACUCAUUACUUCAUCGCCAACCUGGCGGCGGCAGACCUACUGCUCAGCUCGGCGGUCCUGCCUUUCUCUGCCACCUCAGAAGCGCUUGGCAGAUGGGUGUUCGGGCGGUCUUUCUGCAGCGUAUGGGCAGCCCUGGAUGUCCUCUGUUGCACCGCCUCCAUCCUCAGUCUGUGUGUGAUCUCUAUCGACCGCUACCUCGCCGUUAGCUACCCCUUGCGCUACCCGGUGAUGGCUACUGGCCGGCGUGGCAUGGCUGCAGUGGCUGCUCUCUGGGGACUCUCCGCAGCUAUAUCUGUGGGCCCUCUUUUUGGCUGGAAGGAGCCUGACCCCGAAGACGAGACAGUGUGUCGAAUCACCGAGGAGCCCGGCUAUGCCCUGUUCUCGGCAUUGGCGUCUUUCUACAUACCACUGGCAAUCAUCCUCUCCAUGUAUUGUCGAGUGUAUGGUGUGGCAAAGAGGGAGACAGAAACCCUCAGGAAAAGUAGUGAUGGAGUAGGAGUUGAGACCGAAGGGGUGAUUCUGAGAGUGCACAGAGGGAACGCCGCUCAAACGGCCAAGCCUGAAGAGGACAACAGCCCCGGAGGGUCCAAACACAUCACCAGUAGCCUCCCAAAGAUGCUCAAGCUUCCCAGAGAGGAGAAAGCAGCCAAGACCCUCGGGGUCGUCGUCGGGUGCUUCAUUCUUUGUUGGCUGCCGUUUUUCCUGGUCUUGCCGAUUGGGUCCGUCUUCCCAUCCUGCAAGCCUCCUGAGACAGUAUUUAAGAUAACCUUCUGGUUGGGGUACUUCAACAGCUGCAUUAACCCCAUCAUCUACCCAUGCUUCAGCCAAGAGUUCAAGAAAGCCUUCUACAACGUGCUCCAUGGCCGUUGCCUGAGGAGUGCCACAGCCCAAGGACCUCAAACCACCACCCACACCGCCGCUCCAGUCCCAGUAUCUAAUACACCUCAUUUCUCAACCCCUGAUGGUGCUUCUUUAUUGGGUUGCUGUGUGGCACCCUGUAUGUCCUGUGAAGGUGGGUCCGAUGAUACAAGUUCAGCAAUGCAGAGAAAGAGUCUUCUGAGGUCCUGGUGCUUCUCAUCUCGGCAAACUCCGGUACCCGAGAGCUCGUCUGCAAAGGUCUUACAGCUUUCUCUUAAUGUUACUGGUGAGGCUGUUUGA